AUGGCGCAAGAGCUGAAGACCAAGGGCAAUGAGCUCUACAAGCAGGACGAUUUCCAAGGCGCGGAAGACUGCUUCUCCCAAGCUAUUCAAAAGAACCCCCACGACCCGACCUUCUUCUCCAAUCGCGCCAUCACCCGCAUUAAGCUUGAGAAAUGGGCCGAGGCCGAACAUGACGCCCGCGCCGCGAUUGAUCUCUACGGCCUGAAGAAUCCCACGGCAUUAAAGAGCUCUUACUAUCUAUCAAAAGCCUUACUAGAACUUCAAAGACCGCAGGAGGCAUAUGAUGUGGCGGUGGACGCUUACCAGCUCAGUUUGGGUUCUAAAAAUGCGCAAACGGGGAACUUGUCGCAGAUGAUCCUGCGUGCUAAGCAGCGGAUCUGGGCUGCGAAGGAGACUUCCCGACUGCGCGAAAUGAAUGAAACGCUGCGGAGUAUUGAGGCUCUUAUUGAAGCGGAUUUAGAACGCUCGGUUGCGGAGUUGCGGAAACAGGUUGAUGCGGGGGAGCUGGGCGAGAUUGGUUUUGGAGAGGAUCAGAGGGCGUUGAGAGAGGAUUCUGAGAAGAAAAUCCAUGAUCUACGAGAGGCUUUUCGAAUUGCUUCGCAUGGAGAGGUGAAGGAGCGUCAUGUCCCUGACCACCUGAUUGAUGGUAUUACUUUUGAGGUCAUGCACGACCCUGUCAUGACGCCGUCUGGAAGCAGUUUUGAUCGUAUCGGCAUCACCAAAUAUGUAGAGCAAUCGGGUGUCGAUCCAAUUACCCGAGCUCCGUUAACGGUCAAGGACCUGCGCCCGAACUAUGCCCUCAAGGCUGCCUGUGAACAGUUCUUGACUGAAAAUGGGUGGGCGGUAGACUACUAG